GAGAAAAUGGUUUCGUUUGGAUCCGCUGCUUCUUGGUAGCUCACCUACUACACUAAAGCUACCAGUAGGCAUGAUAUGAAUUAUGAAAUAUGAAGUGAGGGAGAGGCCCCAUUACCAUUAUCAUAAAUUGGGGGGUUGGUUCAAGCAUGUGGAUCUUGAUGAUAACCAAUAAUUAGAUUAAGGCAUUCUUUCCCGCACCCUCACUUCCCUUCCAGAUUAUCUUAUUUGAACCUGAAGGAGCAUUUGAAAGUCGGGAUACAACCUAUUAUUUGGCUGUAGAGCAGUGCAGUUAUAGGCGAAGUACAAGUCGAACAAGAAAACCCAAUUGUCUCCUCGAAAAACUAAAAAGAACCCCUGAAAAUCCUGUCAAGAUUCUUCAAAAUCCCCCAAGAGUCUGUCAGAUAAUCAUACCAUACUUGAAAUCUAAUAGAAAUUUGUGUUACAAAUAACUGUACAACUGAUUUCUGAGAGUGGAAAGUAGUUUGUGUAAAGCCACUUUACAAUGUACGCCUCACGAGAGACACUUUUUUGUUGUUGUUAGAGAACAGAAGAUAGGGAAACAUCAUAACAGCACUUUCAGGGCUCUGAAUUCUGAUAAAGCAGCCUUAUAUUCCAUUUGUUUCUUCAUUUUCGAAAAACCAAUCUUUUAUGUUUUGGAUGUGUCCUACCAAAUAAUGCUAUUGGAUAUGAACAGAAAUCGCAAAAUUGAUUAGUUUUAUUCUGUAUCAGGCCUGCCAAGUAAUAAGGCUCAAGUAUGAUGGCGGUUUAAAUAUUAGAUCGCCUGCUUAUUUAGUACCCCACGCCGACCCCCCAUCCACCGAGCAGCAUUUUAAACAGCACUUUCUCUAGGUCCUUUUGUCUUAGUUGUCUCUCACCGUCUAAACCAUGUUUUCUUCAACAUGGAAGGCCGCGACAAUGGCUGCUCUUAUUCUUCAUCUUUGCAUUUGCAAGGAGGUUGGCUCCUCUUUUGCACAUUCUGACAAGAUCACUAGCCUUCCUGGACAGCCGCGUGUGGGGUUUCACCAGUUUUCAGGUUACAUUCAUGUAGAUGACCAAAAGCAGAGAGCACUGUUUUACUACUUGGUUGAAGCAGAAACUGACCCUGAUUCCAAGCCUUUGGUUCUCUGGCUUAAUGGAGGCCCUGGUUGUUCUUCCCUUGGAGUUGGGGCGUUCUCAGAAAAUGGACCUUUUAGGCCGAACGGGGAGGUUUUGGUGAAAAAUGAAUACAGUUGGAACCGAGAAGCAAACAUGUUGUACUUAGAGACACCCGCAGGAGUUGGGUUCUCUUAUGCUGAUAAUAGCGCCUCUCAUGCGACAAUGGAUGACGAGGCCACAGCAAGAGACAAUCUCAUAUUCUUGCAAAGGUGGUUCAGUAAAUUCCCUCAUUACAAACAUAGAGAUCUAUUUCUAACAGGAGAGAGUUACGCAGGCCAUUACAUUCCUCAGCUGGCGAGGCUUAUGACCGAGUUGAACAGGAAGGAAAAGUUAUUCAAUCUGCAGGGAAUUGCUCUAGGGAAUCCGGUUAUGGAAUAUGCGACAGACUUGAAUUCAAGGGCGGAGUUCUUUUGGUCGCAUGGUCUGAUAUCAGACUCCACUUACAGAUUGUUCACAUGUGCUUGUAACUAUUCCCGGUAUGUUAGCGAGUACUACAGAGACUCAAUCUCAGGGGUUUGUCUGCGGGUGAUGACCCAAGUCAACACAGAAACCAGUAAGUUCGUGGACAAAUAUGACGUUACUCUCGAUGUCUGCAUUCCUUCAGUGCUCUCACAGUCCAAGUACUUAAGCCCACAGCCGCAGCAUGUCCGAGAAAGGAUAGAUGUUUGCAUCGAAGAUGAAACUGUUAAAUAUCUGAACCGAGAGGAUGUGAAAAAGGCCCUUCAUGCCCGUCUCGUCGGAGUCCACAAGUGGGCUGUUUGCAGCGAAGCUCUGGACUAUGAGCUACUCAACCUGGAAAUACCAACCAUCUCCAUUGUUGGGUCACUUGUCAGAACCGGCAUACGAGUCUUGAUUUACAGUGGAGAUCAAGAUUCGGUAAUUCCAUUGAUGGGAAGUCGGCGGCUGGUUCACAGGUUGGCAACAGAGCUGGGUCUGAACACGAGUGUUCCAUACGGAGCUUGGUUCCAUGGAAAGCAGGUUGGAGGUUGGAGCCAAGUUUAUGGUAAUGGUAAUAUCCUUUCAUUUGCCACCAUUCGAGGUGCCUCUCACGAAGCUCCAUUCUCUCAACCCCAAAGGUCACUUAUACUGUUCAAGUCAUUUCUGGAUAACACGCCUCCACCUCGAGUUACGUGAUCCUGAUCCAUGUUUCAGAUUUAUUGUACAAAUCACAAUAAAAAACAACCACCAAUUUUCAGUUCCAAA